AUGCUAUCGGUCCUCCUCUUCCCACUCCCCCUCGCUCGCGCGCAGGUCGUUCCUACCACCACCACACCACCCCCCUCCUCUCUCUCCGACCAGUCGACAUCUUCCGACACGCGCUACUGGACCGACCGUCGCGUCUCGGAAGUCUUCCUCUUCAUUGCCUUCUUUUUGGGCUGCUUUUUCUUCGCCUACUUGUUUUACGCCUACGCUAUCAAGCGCAGACGCCGCGCCGCCGCCGCGUCGCACCAGUGGAACGGUGCCUAUGGCCCGGGCGGAUACGGCAAUGCGCAUUCCCACGCGUUUACCCAGGACCGGAGUCCCUAUUCACAGUCAGGCUAUGCAGCCCUCGGUACCCAGCCUGGUUGCGAACAGUACCCACCACCACCUCUGUAUGCGCAGGCAAUGUACGCACCCGAGCCGCACGUCCACAUCCCCAAGCAGCACGUAGCCUCCGCACGGGCGCCCCCACUUUCACGUGCAGCCUCGUCUGCCUCGACCUCGACGCUCGUCGGGUACAGCAAGGACAACAAAGGCAACGGCCGACGUCUUAGCGAAGAUGACGAGGACAACGCACCCGUGCUGGAGACCCAGCUUGCCCGUCCCCAGCCCGCGAAGCAGUCGAGCUGGCGCGGUCGGUUUGCGCGUCUUGGCGACAGGGCGUAG